AUGGCAUUUGGAGCUCCAAGAGGUAGAGGUGGAAGUCGUGGUGGCGGAAGAGGUGGAUUUUCCGGUGGAAGAGGUGGUGGCCGUGGUGGAAGUUCAGCAGGUGGUCGUGGAGGUAGAGGUGGUUCUAGAGGUGGUUCAAGAGGAGGAGCUAGAGGUGGAUCUAGAGGUGGAAGAGGUGGUGCCAGAGGUGGAGCUAGAGGUGGUGCAAAAGGAGGAGCAAAAGUUGUUAUUGAACCUCAUAGACAUCCAGGAGUUUUUAUAGCAAGAGGUAAAGAAGAUUUAUUAGUUACAAAAAAUAUAGCACCAGGUGAAUCAGUAUAUGGAGAAAAAAGAAUAAGUGUUGAAGAACCAAGUAAAGAAGAAGGUGUACCACCAACUAAAAUUGAAUAUCGUGUAUGGAAUCCAUUUAGAUCAAAAUUAGCAGCAGGUAUUAUGGGAGGUAUAGAUGAAUUAGGAGUUGCACCAGGUUCAAAAGUUUUAUAUUUAGGUGCUGCUUCAGGUACUUCAGUUUCUCAUGUUGCAGAUGUUGUUGGACCAGAAGGUUUAGUAUAUGCAGUUGAAUUUUCACAUAGACCAGGUAGAGAAUUAAUUGGAAUGGCUAAAAAAAGACCAAAUGUUAUACCAAUUAUUGAUGAUGCAAGACAUCCACAAAAAUAUAGAAUGUUAGUAGGUAUGGUUGAUUGUGUAUUUGCUGAUGUUGCACAACCAGAUCAAGCUCGUAUUAUUGCAUUAAAUUCACAUUUAUUUUUAAAAGAUGGUGGUAUAGUUGUUAUUUCAAUAAAGGCUAAUUGUAUUGAUUCAACAGUUGAUGCUGAAACUGUUUUUGCAAGAGAAGUUCAAAAAUUAAGAGAAGAAAGAAUAAAACCUUUAGAACAAUUAACUUUAGAACCUUAUGAGAGAGAUCAUUGUGUUGUUGUAGGUCGUUAUAUGAGAAGUGGAAUAAAGAAAUAA